CCAUUUUGUGUUGUUUGUUCAGUGUGGGGCGACGGGUUGUUAUUCUUCAGACAAAUCGGGAUCAAGGCCGAAGUCUCGAAGAAUCGCUCGAAAGACGUUUUACACAACUAUUUUGUAAUUAUGGGUCCACCGCGAAGCAAAUCUAGUCGUCUAUUAUCCGAAAGAAGGGAGAGUCUGAAUUGGUUUGUCAGUUUAUCUUGACAUGGCACGAGACGUUUUGUCGGUUGGUUUUGACGACUGAGGAAAAGCUUGAAAACAACGCAGCGGCGGAGAGAAAGAAAGAAGCUCGGCAACAACUAAGCUUUUGCACACGAGAGUUUAUUUCUUGAAGUUUGUUAUUUGACAGCAGAGUAUAAGGUCGUGGUUUCAAAUUCCAGUAGUUUCACACAAUGUGUUGCGAUAGUUAGCUGGUACAGAAGUGAGCUAACUGAAGUAGCCGCGCCACGCACUUUCCAUCUCUGUGCUAGCAAAACUAGCUAGUAAAAAGAAGAACCCAGGUAGAAGAUGUAACAGUCGGACCGCUAACACACGUUAGCUAGCGAGCUAUAAUAGAGGAAAUUAUAAUUACUCUGACAUGUAGCUGACGGUUAAGUGAACUGUGCUGUGGUUGGCGUGGUGUGUGUAAAGCUUUGCUGGUUAGGUUUCGUUAGCUAGCGGCCACAGAAAAGCCUGACGAUGGUGAACUACAACAGCGGGGCCACAACAACAACAACCACCACCCCUGGGUCAGAUCUAUGGCCAUAAAGCCCAACAUGUCGAGCAGUCUGUACCUUGUUCUUGUACCUGGUGCCAGCUCCUCCAGGCAUCUCCGUUUCUCUGCCAUGGUCGGCUUUCUCCCCUGUCAUUCAGCUGUGCGUUACUGAGAGUUUAAAUGCAUCAGUAUGAAUAUGAAUACAAAUUACAUAUGUCGUGAAAGAGACUCCAAAAUCCACAGUAGUCAGGACUAGAAAGAUUUUUUUUUAACUAGAAUAAGGUUGUGCAACUUCAGGGUGCAAAAACCAAGGCUAUACAUCUCCAUUUCCAAAACUAUACAAAAAGAGCCAUUGGCAUGGAUUUCAGUUGUUUUAUCAGCUCUGAAAUGCUGGUUUGAUAUUUGGUGAGCACAGAAGAAAUCACAUUGCUUUUUCUAUUUAUGAAAAUUUGGCUUUUUUACUUGAAGCAUGGUGUGUUCAGAUCCAAAUUGUUAAGCCCCUGGAGCACUAUCUAAUAUCAAUCUCUAUAAAAAUGACUUGAUUUCAAUUUGGAAUUUUUUUUUCCUUCAUUAGUUUUAGUGGAGAUUACAGUUAGUGCCGGAUAUUUUCUUUCUUCAACUGUUAAAACAUCAUUUGAAUAGUAUAGCCUGCUCUCUGAAAGCCUUGCAAGCAGAAAAGGGGAUUAAAGGAAAUAAGUCUUUACUAUAAAACAAUGGGAGACCCAAACUCUCGACGAAAUCAAACCCGAAACCGACUCCGUGCCCAGCUACGGAAGAAACGAGAAUCCUUGGCUGACCAGUUUGACUUCAAAAUCUACAUUGCCUUCGUGUUUAAGGAAAAGAAAAAGAAGUCUGCACUUUUUGAGGUAGCUGAAGUGGUGCCUGUCAUGACCAACAACUAUGAAGAAAAUAUCCUCAAAGGAGUGAAGGAUUCAAGCUACUCCUUAGAAAGUUCUUUGGAGCUUCUUCAAAAAGAUGUUGUGCAGUUGCAUGCCCCUCGCUACCAAUCUAUGCGCAGGGACGUAAUAGGUUGCACACAGGAGAUGGACUUCAUCCUUUGGCCCCGCAAUGAUAUUGAGAAGAUAGUGUGUCUUCUGUUCUCCAGAUGGAAGGGAGCAGACCAUGAACCCUUCAGGCCUGUUCAGGCCAAGUUUGAAUUUCACCAUGGGGACUAUGAGAACCAGUUUUUACACGCUCUUGGCCGUAAGGACAAGGCCGGGAUGGUGAUGAACAACCCAAAUCAGUCUGUGUUUCUUUUCUUAGACAGACAGCACUUGCAGACUCCAAAAACCAAGGCCACAGUUUUCAAGUUGUGCAGCCUCUGCCUCUACCUGCCACAGGAUCAGCUGACCUGUUGGGGGGUCGGAGACAUAGAAGACCACCUCCGCCCAUACAUGCCAGAUUAGCAGAGACAUAGAAGAUUCCUGCCCCAAGGCCACUGAAGCAAGUUGACAUCAUAUCCAUCUCAGUUGAAUAGAAUUGAACUUGUGCGUGGAACUCUCCUUUUUGUUAACCACUCAUUUUCAUUCUGAAGUUCAUUUUAGUUCAUUUUUAUAUCACACCUACCAGACAGUUUUGGUUCGGUUCACCCAUUUAUCCUACCCUUAACCUGUCUGCCUUUAUUUGAACUUGCACGAACAUUGUUUUUGAGUGGUUGUUCUCUUGGAGCAGCACUGUCAACACCACCAGUCACAGAAGGAACUCUUUAGUGGGGGAAUGUAGCAAAAGCAAACCAAUGUCAGGGGUGCCUUAAAUAUGGGCCUCUUGUGUUGGACUGGUUCUGAUAUCAGUGUCAUGAGUGGAUAGAUGUCUUUAUUUUGGGGGAAAGGAUAGUUUUAAGAUUAAUGACAAUCAGUGACUGGAUUAAACAGCCUUCAUAGUCAUAGUGAAAAGGCUAAUUUUAGUAGGUGAACAAUACUUGGUAAAAAUUGAUUUGGGGUAGACAUUGCUUCACAUUCUUUUCAACUGCCUGAGUUUUGCUGGACAUUUUAUUUUGAGUGUCAAUCCUUGCUUAUUACAUGUUAAGCUCCUUCAUAUUUUUUGUUGUAAUUUCUGGAAGAGUGAUGCCUGAUGGGGGUUUAGACGUGAAUAUGGACAUUAGAAGAGGGUCUGUCGGGUGAAUUCUAACGGGUUUUUAUUUUAAUUUUUUGGGGUGUGGGUAUUCUGAAACCAAUGAGCAUUUCAUGCACUAUGCAUUCAUGCUACUGAUACCUGAUUUUGUUGGUGGAUAUUCAGUGGGCAACUAAUGCUUAAAUCCAUGUACCUAACAAAAAAUGUAUUGUGGAAAAAUUCUGUGCACCAUUACGUUUUAUUUGCUUUUUCCCUUAUUUUCAACCCCCCCCUUUUGAGUACUAAUGAUCAUAAGCUAGCUUUGUUGGGUAAUAAAACAUAAAAUCUACCUUUUCCUGCCUGUUUGAAUUCUCUUUGAAUCAUAAGAAAAAAGAGAUCGCUGUGUUCAUGAUUUAUUCAUGUUCGUAUUGAUUUAAUGCCACACUGCUGAAGAUAUCCCAAUACAGUACAAGCUUUGAAAA